AGAGAAUAUUCUGUUAAGUGUAAAAUUGGCUUUAAAGUGGUAAUACAAGAAGAAAGGCCGUGACUUUAUGUGAGUACAGACCGAAAUUAGAAAUGUUAAAAGAUAUACUCCCAACAUAUUUUCCAGUAUAUUACAAAAACCUAAUUCGUGUUGCCAAUAUUCCAGGUAACAAAUAUUUUGACAAAACAACUGGAGACUUAAAGGUUUACGUGAAGAAUGAUAAAAUAUUACAGAAAAUCAAAUCUUUUAAUGUAAGAGAAGUGGCAUCAGUACUACUUUUAAAACAAUAGUACAAGUUUUGGUAAAAAUAUUGUUUCCUUUCCAAUAAUUCUGUUGUUAGAAUAAGUCUUCUUAUCCCCCAUCGCCUUGUCUAUCACUGUCAUUUAAUGUUAAGUGUCGCAGGAAAAACUUCCCUCAGAUCACUGAUACGACCUCUGAAACAGAUGGUACACCAGAGAAGCGGAAUUUCUUCAAACAAUUGGAGAUUUUGAGGUCCUAGGCCCAGAGCUACUUGGACAUGCUGAACGACACUAGACUGCAAAUGAGACAGUUGCAUCAAGACGGAGAUAGCAGUGCUAUUUCCGCUUACGAACCGGUAGUACGGGACUUGGCAAAGAUAUUACUUCUUCUAAACAGAAACAUAGAUAGUAUAUACAUGCCUGAUGAUUGGGAACAUUUAUUUAGUUGGGCAGAAAAAGCACUGAAGCGUUACAAACGUAUGAGCGACACUUCACAACCCGAAGUCGCUCAGUUGAUCGACUUUUUCCAGUCCUCGAGCGAUCCAGAAGAGCCAGAAUACUCAGUGAGAGGUAGUACUACAAUGAGUACAUUCAAACCGUUCGGAUCGUCGCCCAGUUUACAGAAUGUCAGUGGGAAGACUAUCAAUGGAGACUCUGAGAGUUACCAGACACCGCUGAAUCCUGAGUGGAAGUUUGAGUAUUUACCAAUAGGGAACUCAUCUGAAUUUGAUCCAGUAGCUUGGAAAAGCAGCAGAGACUUUUUGUGUGGACCAUUGUUUUUGGAAGAUUUUUAAAAUAGAGAAUAUACUGUUAAGUGUAAAAUUGGCUUCAAAGUGGUAAUACAAGAAGAAAGGCCGUGACUCUGUGUGAGUGCAGACCAAAAUUGGAAAUGAUAAAAGAUAUCCUCCUAUCAUAUUUUCCAGUGUAUUACAAAAACCUAAUUCGUGCUGCCAAUAUUCCAGGUAACAAAUAUUUUGACAAAACAACUGGAAACUUAAAGAUUUACGUGAAGAAUGAUAAAAUAUUACAGAAAAUCAAAUCUUUUAAUGUAAGAGAAGUGGCUCAGUACUGCUUUUAAAACAAUAGUACAAGUUUUGGUAAGAAU